AGGAGGAUAAGGGGGGGUAGCUAGACCCAGCUAACACCAAUACUGGCAGCUUGUUUAUCUGUGUCUCAGUGCAGUCUGACUGACAUUGAUGUCACGCACAGAGACAAAGAAACGCUGAAGAAACGAGUUGAUGUGUAAACCAGCGGACACUCCGUUUAGAAAAGUAAAACAAUGAGCAAAUGGUGAAGGAGGGCAGGGUGAAGACAGAAAGGGCAUCUCUGAGUGAAGCAGCAGCAGCAGCAGCAGCCUCCUCCUCCCGGACUGUAAUCUGCGGAUGAGAGUCGGUGUGUGACCCGCGGCUCAGCGGGAGCUCUGCUGCCGAUAGGAGCAGCUGAUUACCGGUGAAAACAGCAGAGACCGCAGACAGCCACCAUGAAAUUCACCGAGCAUCUCUCAGCUCACAUCACACCGGAGUGGAGGAAGCAGUACAUCCAGUAUGAGGCAUUUAAGGAGAUGUUGUAUGCUGCACAGGACCAAGCUCCAUCCAUUGAAGUCACAGAUGAAGAUACAGUCAAGAGGUACUAUGCAAAGUUUGAAGAGAAGUUUUUCCAGACCUGUGAAAAAGAGCUGGCCAAAAUCAACACCUUCUAUUCUGAGAAGCUGGCUGAGGCUCAGCGGAGAUUCGCCACGCUGCAGAAUGAGCUGCAGUCCUCACUGGACGCCCAGAGGGAGAGCUCUGCUAACGGGCUGGGUGUCCGGAGGAGAAAAACUGUGUUUGCCCUUUCGCAGAAGGAGAGAUGCAAACACAGGAACAUAAAGGAUCUGCAGCUGGCCUUUUCAGAGUUCUACCUCAGCCUCAUUCUGCUGCAGAACUAUCAGAACCUGAACUUCACAGGGUUCAGGAAGAUCCUGAAGAAACAUGACAAGAUCCUGGAAACUUCGAAGGGGGCCGAUUGGAGGGUGGUCCACGUUGAAGUGGCUCCGUUUUAUACCUGCAAGAAGAUCACUCAGCUGAUCUCUGAGACUGAGGCGUUGGUCACAACAGAGCUGGAAGGUGGGGACCGGCAGAAGGCCAUGAAGAGGCUGAGGGUUCCCCCACUGGGAGCUGCACAGCCUGCUCCAGCGUGGACAACCUUCAGAGUUGGACUGUACUGUGGGGUAUUCCUUGUCUUGAUUGUCACUGUGGUCAUCACAGGAGCUGUGAUGAUCGACAGUUCUAAAGUCUGGCCUAUGAUCAGGAUCUACAGAGGAGGUUUCCUGUUAAUCGAGUUCCUCUUCCUUUUAGGAAUCAACACCUACGGUUGGAGGCAGGCGGGAGUCAAUCAUGUCCUCAUAUUUGAGCUCAAUCCCAGAAAUAACCUGUCCCAUCAGCAUCUGUUUGAGAUUGCAGGUCUGUUGGGGGUGCUGUGGUGCGUCAGCUUGCUGUCGUGUCUCUUCUAUAAGAGCAUCUUGGUUCCGAUGCAGGCCAAUCCUCUGGCUCUUUAUGGUGUCUUCUUCCUGUUUCUCAUCAACCCUUCGAAAACCUGUUACUAUAAAUCCCGUUUCUGGUUGCUCAAACUGCUGUUCAGAGUGGUGACCGCUCCAUUUCAUCAUGUUGGAUUCGCAGACUUCUGGCUGGCUGACCAGUUAAACUCUCUGGUGGUGGUUUUGAUGGAUCUGGAGUACAUGGUUUGUUUCUACAGCUUUGAGAUGGACUGGACCGAGCCCAAUGGGCUUUUCAUCAACCCAGAAAAGGCAUUUUGUAACACCUACACGUACGGCCUCCGGGCCGUGAUAAAGUGUCUCCCUGCAUGGUUCCGGUUCGCCCAGUGUCUUCGCCGUUAUCGGGACACCAAGCGAGCCUUUCCUCACUUGGUCAACGCCGGGAAGUACUCCACUUCAUUCUUCGUGGUCACCUUCUCAGCCCUGUACAACACACACAAAAAAUCCAACCUGGAAAGCAUCUUCUUAUACUUACUCAUCGCCUUUGCAACUGUAAGCUCUUGUUAUACUCUGAUUUGGGAUCUGAAGAUGGACUGGGGCUUGUUUGACCGCAAUGCAGGAGAAAACACCUUCCUGAGAGAGGAGAUAGUCUAUCCACAAAAGGCUUAUUACUACUGUGCCAUAGUUGAAGAUGUGCUGCUGCGUUUUGCGUGGAUCCUAACAGUCACUCUCAACUCUCUCACCUCGGUGGAAGGCGAAAUACUGGCUACUCUGCUGGCUCCGCUGGAAGUCUUCAGGCGCUUUGUGUGGAAUUUCUUCCGACUGGAGAAUGAGCAUCUAAAUAACUGUGGUGAGUUCAGGGCUGUCAGAGACAUCAGUGUGGCUCCGCUCAACGCCGACGACCAGACUCUGCUGGAGCAGAUGAUGGAUCAGGAGGACGGCGUGAGGAACCGGCAGGGCAAGAAAAGCUGGAAGAGGAGCUACAGCAUGAGUCUGCGCAGACCACGCCUGGCCUCCCAGUCAAAAACCCGCGACACCAAAGUCCUGAUCGAGGACACGGACGACGACUCCUGACAUCAGGCCACGCCCCUCGCCUGGGUCCACAAUCUGUUCAAAGGAGGAAACUCUGCCUCCUAAAGAAGAAAUCACCUGGCGAGUGGGCGUUCAGCUCCAGUAAGGACCAGCUUUGAUCUCUGGAUCCUUUUUCCCACCUGCGAGCCUCUGCUGGGCUUCUGAAUUAUUUCAAGGGAAGAAUUUUCACCAUUUUCUGAACUUUUGAACCAGCUCUGCAGCUCCCCCUCCGUACUCCGAACUCUACUCUUGCUAACCUGAUGAGUGGGUGAUAAUCCUUCCUGAUGAUCACCCAGCAGCGGACUCCUCAGAGCCUCAGCAUGAACAACGCAGCUAAAGAAAAACCAAGCAAACUGGCCUCUCAUAUAGUGUUACUGCCCCCUUUUCAGUGCCACAGAUCUCUGUGGGAUUCCCACACUCAGAAAGGGGCGUCCAGUGACACAGAGUCCCUCUGCUGUAGAGCGCAGAGGACAGAAUCUCCCUUCUCCUUAUCUCCUCCAUCAUGAUGCAGCAGACGGUACUGAUCAACAUAUACGGCGAGGCCGAGAAGUCAUUCCCCGUAUCGAAUCAUCCCAUCUCCUCAUCACAGAGAUGCCUUCUUGCACCUUAGACGCUUUGGAAAAAACCAACAUGCACUUUGUAGAACAGGUCAAUAGAAACUCUUUACAUCCACUAAAGCAGUGAUGAUAGUUCAACUUCUCUGCAUGUACAAAGAACCCCGAGUGAUGAUCAACACAUUUUCCAUUUUUAGAAAUGUUUUUUUAAGUAUUCAUUUAGUGACUUUCUUAAAAAAAAAGGUCAGAAAUGAUCAAGUGGUGGGUCUGACUGCAUAGAACA